UGUGAGAAGUAGAAGUAGAACCGCUAUACAUACAUACAUAUAUAUAUAUAUAAGGAUAUAUACGGAAUGACAUCUCCAACGGGGCUUAAAAAACAACUGUGAGAAGUAGAAGUAGAACCGCUAUACAUACAUACAUAUAUAUAUAUAUAUAUAUAUAUGUAUCUUCUUCAUGGAUAGGUGAGUGAAAGACAAGAAGAUAUCAAGAAGAAAAUAAGAAAAUAUCUCACAAGCAUGUCGUUGGAUGACCUUCCUAAUGCGAUGUUAUCAGCAAUAGCAAAGCGCUUAGGUUACUGUGAUGUGCUGAGUUUCCGUCUCGUGUGCAAACGUUUCCUUCGUGCCUCAAAUAGCGCUACUGCUGAGAUUGAAUCAACCAGAGAGCCAUUGUUUCUUAUUUAUCUAGGUUUUGAAUGUUAUAUGAUAAGUAAAACAGGUCUAUGGUAUCCCUGGCCUAUUCCCCAAUUACACGGGCUAGGAGGAGCAAAAUGUCUGGCAUCAAGCAUGGGAUGGCUACUGGUAUUCCAGGCCGUUACUGGUUCAAUGUUUUUUAUACAACCCUUCUGCAGCUAUGAUUCGACGGUACGAAUUCCAAAAUUUCCCCACACCAGAGUCUCCCGACACUGUUGUGCUGCGUUUUCAUCUCCUCCUUUGUCCCGGGAUUGCAUUGUGGUCGUGGUAAAUCGUUUUAUUUUGGAUGAUAAUUUUUUGGAUUUGCAAGUUGUCCACCAUGGCUGCGCGUAUUGGACCGGAUAUAGAAUUCAAUGUCCUCGGACCUACUUGGUUAACAUUAAAGGGAGUGCUUAUCAUGAUGGAAUAUUCUACUUUUUCAGCCCCAAUAUCAGGGGAAUUCGGCUUUGUCCUAAAAACUUAGUUAUCCAAAAAUUUGACUUGCUUUCCAAUGUCGAUCUUGCCGCACAACAUCCUCCUUUUCCUCCUUUUCCUAUUUUUGAGUUAAGGAAAAACUAUGUCAGAUUUGUGGGUCUCAAGAAGCGGCUGGGAUUGGAAGAGAAUAAUCGUGAUUCUGCAAUUGUCUCUUGCGGGACGGCCAUGACGUCGCUGGAUAAUCACAACAAGCUAGUUGUGAUUUUCAACGAAGAUAUUACUCACAGAUCAGCCAGAUACAGAUCCAAAGCUUUGUAUCAAGGGCGUAUUCGGAUAGAUGUGCCAGCGUAUUCGGAUAGAUGUGCCACUGACCUAUGAAAGAAAUUGUUCACGGAAGGAUCGAAAUUUACUUUAUUUUAUGGACCAAAGUUAGAAGUCUUUGUUUGAGAUGUCUUGUUUGACCCAGUUUUGUAUGUUUAGAAUGGAUAGGAUAAAGAUUGUUCAUAACUCUUUAACUAACUUCAUUUUGUAUUUUUCCAAUUUUUUUCAUUUUUUUUGCAUGCUUGGGAAGUUUAAUUCAAAGCAGCUAUUUUAGGAUCAUUUUUCGUGGAAUUUCUUACCCUUUGGCAUUAAAAAAUUAUGGUUAUAUUCACAUUUUGUUAUUCCAUAUUAAUUCUUGGUUGGUACUUUUGAAGUAAUUUCUUGUAUCCUAAUCCCAUGAAGAAACCUUCUUUUUUUUUUUUUUUUCCUAUGCCCCUGGCAUCCCAUUUCUCCCAA